AUGAUAGUUUUAAGGUUUGUGGUACGUUCGCAUGUCAAUAAUUUUAAGGAAACUAGUACAUGUACUACCUCAUGUUCGAAACUUCCUGAGAUUCCUGGUAAAUUAAUUGGAUUUCACGUACGGACGAAUAAUAAGCUAGAGGGUGAAUUAAAGAAUUCUAUUAAAUUAAGAAUAUUUCCACUCUACACCACGGUCAUGUUACAAGCAUCGUAG